AUGAGGACGUCGGUGCUGUGGGCGCUGUUACUGUUUGCUGGUGUCUCGCAGUGCGCACGAAUUCUUGGAAUCAAUCCAACGAGGUCCAUUAGUCACCAAACGCCGUUCUUAGCUAUUAUGGCAGCACUUGCUGAAAAGGGUCACCAAGUUACUGUGGUAACAACACAUCCUUUGAAGGUACCACCAAAAGGUUUAACUCAAAUCGACGUAGCACCUUUGAUCCCCAUGGGCGAAACGAAGGAACAAUUUGAGGACAUCGCUGAAGUUACUAAUAAAGAACUUCAGGAAUCAAUAUUACCAUGGAGCGAACACAUAUGUGAUACUACUUUAGUCUAUCCAGAAAUACAACAACUUUUGAGAUCGAAGGACAAAUUUGACUUGGUCGUCCUCGAGACGUUAUUCUUCUGGUGCUAUUUUGGCUUUAUCCAUGAACUGGGUUCACCACCUGUCGUCGGAUUCCUCUCGGUGGGGAUGACCCCCACUCUUAACAGCCUGAUUGGAAAUCCGUACAAUCCGUCCUAUAUACCAGAUUCACAUUCGGUGCUCACAUCUCACAUGAGCUUCUGGGACAGAAUGCGCAACAGUUACGACGUUCUGAACUUGCUAAGCCACUUCUACAACCAUGUCCUUCCUGCACACAGCAGACUGAUAGAGAAGCACUACGGCAAACACGUACCUGAUCUCGAAGAAAUGAUAAGCAACAUCAGUUUAGUAAUAGCUGCCAAUCAUUUCAGUAUAGACUACCCACAGCCAUUGCUGCCAAAUGUGGUACAGGUCACAGGAAUGCACAUCGUUCAAGAGAGGAAACCGCUGCCAAAGGAAAUACAGGACUUUCUGGAUGGAGCUGAACACGGGUUCAUAUACUUCAGCCUGGGGUCGAAUAUGAAGAGCAGCUUCCUUCCUGAGAACACACUCGCAGCGUUGCUGCAAGCGUUCGCAGAACUGCCGCAGAGGGUGCUCUGGAAGUUCGAGGCUACAGAACUGCCUGGGAGGCCAGACAACGUGAUGAUAGCUGGCUGGCUGCCGCAGCAGGACGUACUCGCUCACAAAAAUAUACGACUAUUCAUCACUCAGGGAGGUCUGCAGAGCUUCAACGAAGCAGCUUAUUUCGGAGUUCCUCUCAUCGGGAUUCCAUUCUUCUUCGAUCAGAAGUAUGAAGUUGCCAAGAUGGUUAAUGCCGGAAUCGGAAAGAAAUUGGUGCUAAGGUCUCUAACGAAAGAAACUGCUCUGGAUGCUCUCAACGGCGUUCUCCGAAAUUCGAGCUACCGGGAGAAGAUGGAACAGUUCUCGGCGGUUUACCGGGAACACCAAGAGACGUCGCUGCAGAGGGCCGUGUGGUGGGUGGAGUACGUGCUGCGCCACGACGGGGCUCCCCACCUACGCAGCGCGGCCACGCACCUGCGCUGGUGGCAGCUGCUGCUGCUCGACGCCAUGGCAGUCUUGCUGGCAGCCGCUCUUGUGGUCAUCUUUGUUGUUUACAAACUAGUGCGGUGCCUUCGGAGUGCCCUGCGACGGAACAACAAGCAAAAGCAAAGCUGA